AUGCCACCCAAAGCAGUCGACUUCCGCGCGCAGCUCGAGGACGACGAGGACGAGGACCAGGAGGAACUGCUCGCUGCCCUCCAUGCGAUGCAAGCGAAGAAAGUCCGCGCAAACCUCAAGAAGCAGGAGGGGUUGGUCGCGCAGGGCGCGGAGCUGGUUAGGCAGUAUCAGGAGAGCGUGAAGAAGCUGCUGGAGGAAGAGCGGGGGGCGAUGCAGGCUCGCAUCCAGCAGUACAAUGAGGAGGAGAAACGCAUCGCGAAAGAGGCGCGAGAGACGGAGAAAGCGCUUCUCGACCUUCUUCAGUCGCAAUCGACCUCUGUACACUCCGCCAGCGACGCGAUCGAGCGAGCGUUGGACGUCGAGCGCGAAGAAGCCCGCAAGAUCGCUCACGCCUUCGCGCAGGUCACUCAAGGCGAGAAAGUCGACGUUGACGACGUCGCGCCCGCUCUUUGGCGCAUGUCGGCGGAACAGGACGGAGGAGACGCGAUGGAGGGUGUCGAGGACUAG